AUGGAUCAAAACCACUGGAAUUAGAAGUCAUCUGUUUAAGAAUUUGGAAUUGAUAAGAAUGUUUAAUAAUAAAUAGCUCAACCACCAUAAGCUCAAUUAAUAAGAAGAGUGUCUAAACGUAAUAUUGCAAUAAAGCCAACUCAGGAAAGUGGUUUAGGAUAAAUCUUUGAAACAUUCCAUCCUGAACAAAAGAAUUAAACAUUAGAUGAUAUUAAAUUUAUCAUUAAAUGUUUUUAAGGUCAUUUUGUAUUUAGCUCAAUGACUGAAACAUAAUUGUAAAUGUUAAUAUGCUAAUUAAAGGACUUAAUUAGCUCAUAGCAUGUUUUAUUGUAAAUUAUCAGUUGGCUAAACAAUCAUUCGUUAAGGAGAUGGAGCUAGCUCAUUUUUUAUUUUAGAAAAAGGAAAGAUAAAUGUUAUAGUUGAUAAUGUACCACGAAAAGAAAUAACAGCAGGAUAAGGAUUUGGUGAAUUAGCAUUAUUGUACAAUGCUCCAAGAUCUGCAACUUGUAUGGCAGUAGAAGAAUGUUACCUUUGGGGAAUUGACAGACAUACAUUUAGAAAAAGUGUUGAAACCAUAAUGAGAAGCGAGUAAGAUAAGAAUCGUAAAUAUUUAGAAAGUGUUAAAUUCUUUAGUAAUAAUUCAAAUUUAAAUUUUAGAUUAAUUAACAAGAGAAUAGAAAGAUGCUGUAGCUGGAGUCUUGAUAUCAUAAAAAUUUAAUGCUAAUGAAGUUAUAGUAAAUGAAGGAGAUUAGGCUAGUUCUUUUUAUAUCAUAGUAGAAGGACAAUGUGGAGUAUUCAAUAAAGAUGGAUAAUAAAUAUCUGUACUCAAUCCUAGUGAUUCAUUUGGUGAAUCUGCUCUUAAAUAAGAACAUUAAGUGAGAAUGAUGACUAUUAAAGCAGUUUAAAAGGAUACUAAAGUAUUGGCAUUAGGAAAAGAUAUGAUUUAAUAAAUCUUAGGAGAUUAAGUUUAAACAAUUAUAUAUAAAAAUAUAUGCAAAUGGGCUCUCAAUUCAUCUAAAUUAUUUAGCAAAACUCCACAUACUUAUUAAGAUAAAUUAUUAGAAGGUGUAUAAGUAAAAAAAUUUAAUGCAAAUUCUAAAAUUAUUUAAAAAGGAGAUAAAGUUGGUCAAUUAGUCAUACUUUUAGAUAGUGAUGCUGCUGAUGAAAACAAAGUUAAAUUUGUUAAAGGAUCAAUUCUAUUUGAAGAUUCAUUAUAAGAUAAAUUAUCAGGUACUACACAUUUAAAAACUGUAUCUAUUGAAUCAGAUGGACAUGUAGCAUUAAUAGAUUAUGAAUUAUUUAGAAAAUAAUAAGGAAGUGUUGAAAAAAUAUAAUAAGGUAAAGCAUAACAAUAAGAAAAAUCAAAUGCUCAUGAAGAAUAAAUUAAAAGUUAACCAUUCAAAAAUUUAAUCUAUUUAAAUAAAUUAGGUUCUGGUUAAUUUGGAUCUGUUUAUUUAUGUAAAUUCAAAGAAUUAGACACUCUAUUUGCUCUUAAAUAUGUUACAAGAGCACAUGUUCUCUAAUUUGGAAUAUAAAAACAUAUAUAAUAAGAAAAAGCAGUAUUAGAAUUGAUGGAUAACCCAUUCAUCCUUAAAUUUUAUAGAUCCUAUAAAGAUAAUGAAAAUAUUUAUUUUUUAACAGAAUACAUUGCAGGAAUGGAAUUAUUUGAUGCCAUCAGAGUUAUUGGUAAUAUUAUUAAAUUGAUUAUAGGAUUGUUAAGCAAAUAUGAUGCUCAAUUUUAUGCUUCAUAAAUGAUAUUAUAAAUGGAAUAUCUACAUACUUAACAUAGUAUUGUGUAUAGAGAUAUAAAACCAGAAAAUCUUAUGGUUGAUGAUAAAGGAUAUCUCAAAUUAAUAGAUAUGGGAACAGCUAAGUCUUUUAAGAAUUAAUGUAUAAUCAUUAAAUAUUAUUAUAGAAUCAACUAAAACAUUUACUAUUAUUGGAACUCCUCAUUAUAUGGCACCAGAAGUAAUUUCAGGUAAAGGUUAUGGUUACUUUGCUGACUUAUGGAGUGUAGGAGUAUGUCUAUAUGAAUUUAUAUGUGGUGGUUUACCAUUUGGAGAAGAAGCUGAAGAUCCAUUUGAAAUUUAUAAGGAAAUCAUAAAGAAACCAAUAAGUUAUCCACAUUUCAUGUCUGAUAAAUCUGCAAAAACAUUUAUAGAAUAAUUAAUGAAUAAGAUUCCAGAAGUCAGAUUGGGAGGAUCCUAUUCAACUCUGAAAUCUCAUGUUUGGUUUAAAGAUUUUGAUUGGGUAUUCAUGAUAUUUAAUCAUAUUCUAGGAGAAAUUAUUGAUUAAGAGUUUGAAGGCACCACUGUUGCCAGGAAAGGAUAAGGUUAUGACUUCAGCUUAAAUACAGAGUGCAUAAUAAAAAGGAAUUACAGCUCAUGAUUAAAUAUAGAAAGACACUUAAGGAUAAAAGAAAGUAUUAGCUAGUGCUAAGGAUGCUGAAUGGGAUAGUGUAUUUUGAA